AUGGUCACUAGAAAUCCGAAUCCUGCAGACGGAUAUUUCUUGGAUCCGAACAGUAUAACUGUUCCUGCUCUUGGAUCCUUCACCGCCGCGGUUUCUUCCUCGCCGACGACUUCUUCUACCGCCGUGGCAGUGGCGGAUGCGACGGCGAUGGUUUCUUCCUCGGAGGAUCUGAGCAAGAAGAUUAGGAAGCCUUAUACAAUCACUAAGUCGAGAGAGAGCUGGACGGAACCCGAGCACGACAAAUUCCUCGAAGCUCUUCAGUUGUUUGACAGAGACUGGAAGAAGAUUGAAGCUUUUAUUGGGUCAAAGACAGUGAUUCAGAUAAGAAGUCAUGCUCAGAAGUAUUUUCUUAAGGUACAAAAGAGUGGGACGGGUGAACAUCUCCCUCCCCCUCGACCAAAAAGGAAAGCGGCUCAUCCAUAUCCUCAGAAGGCUCACAUGAAUGUGCAACCUCAAGUACCAGGGUCCUUCAAAUCAAUAUCUGAACCAAAUGACCCAGGCUAUAUGUUUAGGCCCGAGUCUUCUGCGAUGCUGAUGACUUCUCCAACCACUGCCGCUGCGGCUCCAUCUCCAUGGACCAAUAAUAUGCAAACAAUCAGCUUCACUCCUCUCCCAAAAGCAGCAGGAGCAAAUAACAACUGUUCUAGUAGUUCUGAAAAUACUCCAAGACCACAAACCAACAGAGAUGCAAGUGACCAGGGAAAUCUUGGCCAUUCAUUAAGAGUUUUACCGGACUUUGCACAAGUAUACAGCUUCAUUGGAAGUGUUUUUGACCCAUGUGCGAGUAACCAUCUACAAAAGCUGAAAAAGAUGGACCCCAUAGAUGUCGAAACAGUGCUACUGCUGAUGAGAAAUCUAUCCAUCAACUUGUCCAGCCCUGAUUUCGAGGAUCAUAGACAGCUUCUUUCGUCUUAUGAUAUCGGCUCUGAGACAAAAACAACUGAUCAUGUUGGAGUGAGUAAAACCUUAAACAAAGAACCACCCGAAAUCUCCACUUGA